GGAGGUGGGGUGUCUGAGGGUUCCCUGGGGGUUCCGUUUGUUUCCUUCCUGAGCCCUUUGGGCAAUAAGUGUGGGAUCUUCUUUUGGAGGAACUCUCCCCAAGCUCCUUCUCAAAGUGGUGUCCUGCCUCUAGGUUCCCGUCCAUUAAAUGGGCACACAUCUAUUCCUGCAGUACAAUUGGUGCGAGAAUUAGAAAUAAUCUAUGGAAAGGAGUCCAUCUUAUGGUGAGUGCUCAGAGAUGGGAGGCUGCUUUCCUCCUAUCCUGGAUCUCUGGAGGAUGUCAGCAAGGCACCCCCCAUUUCUUGCACUGGAGCACACUUCCAGGGAGCCUUAGAGAGGAGGUGCCUCUACUCGCCUCCCAGGGAUGGCGUGUGACUGCUGUGCUUAACCUACACCAUUUCAUUCCGUCCUCACGUAUGUCCUUUGCUGUAGGUACUGCUGGAAACUGAUUUUACAGAUGAGGAAACUGAGGCACAGAGAAGGGAAUGAUCCACUCAAGGUCACAGAUCUCAGAUCUGUGUGAUGCUCUAAGCCACCCCAGCACACCCCUCUGUAAGGAAAGUGAAGAGGAAUGGGGCGCUGUAGAGCAAACAGGGACGCACCUGCCACAUGCCGGCUGCCGUCGCUGCUGACACAUGGAGGAGCUUGGCUGCAGACUCCAGCUGCACACAGGGCUCCUUCCUGGAAGAUAAGCUCAGCCUGGGUCUUGGCAUUGGGGGUGGUUCCUUCCAGUACUUGCUCCUUACCUCAGUGGAGACAGGGCAUGCAGCCAUGGGUGUCUGAGAGGGUGGGGGACAGGAGAUGCAGGUGACAAUCGACAGUGUGAUUUGAAAGGUGUCGGCUAAUGACUGGUCCAUCCAAAGUUUUCCCAUCAUAGAUGCUUAUUUUGUUCUGUUUAUGAGGCUGGCUUUCCAGCGAGGUUCUCGGUGGUAAUGAGCCCACAUUGCUGAUGGCCGCAGGGAGGGAAAAUGAAGAGGUGGGGAGGGAGGGGCUUGUGAGCAUGCUAAAUAGGUUUGUUGAAUAACCUGCUGAACUUUUGCAUUUUCUGACUAAUUGUGUGGUAUGUGACGCUUUAUGAGUGAUGGCUGUUUUUUUUUUUUUUUUCCUCCUUUUUUUGCUGAAUAGGGACUUUUUCAAGGGGAGGCUAACUGGGCCCUGGAGUCGCUGGGGCCUCCGUUCCAGCCUGUGGGGCUGGUUUGAGUUAUUUUGGGAGCAGGGCCUGGGUUCAGCAUACUUCGCUUAGAGAAUGGAAAAUAGAAGCUCAUAGCUGGAUGCCGUCUGGGGAAGAGAAACCCACGUAGAUGGAGACAUUGGCAGGAUGGCUCUAGGACCCUACGUAUCCGAGUAUGAAACCAGGCCCUGCCAUGCAGUCGCGAUGUGGCUUUGAACACGUCGUUCUUGUACCAAUCAGAGCCUCCAUUCCAGAGGAUAAUGGAGAUGCUUACUUCCUAGGGUUGCUUUCUGGAUUCAGUGAGGUCUAAGAGAGCUUCUGUGUUCAGAAAAGGGGAGGUUUGUAGCAUCGUUCCAAUUCAUGCUUUCAAGCAAGUGUCUCAUUUCUGAUCCUCCAUGUCACAAGCUAAGCGUGUUGCUGUGCGGUUGAGAUACUGGCUCUGGCUCUGAGCUAGACUCAUGAAAAUGGAGCGUCCCCGGGAAGGUUGAGUUGUCCAGGAGAUCUGGAGGCUAGCGGCAAGCUAUGGAGCCUCAGCCCCAUGUGUCUGGUACCUGGGAAGUUGAAAUGCCCUAUGGUGGCCACAGCUCUUCUCCUGAGCAGGUAGCCCUGCCAGGCCAAGUGCGCUGGGGAUACUUCUUGUUCCAGGUAUCUUUUGAGGGGAAAUUCAGUAGUUCCCUAUACUGAAACCUUGUGAUCAGACCCCAGAGACCUCAGGGGAGCAGCGAAGUAAAACAAUAGAGAAAGCAGGGACCCCUCUUUAGGGCUGGGACUCUCCAGGGGCUUAGACCCAGGGCCAGGCAUCAGAACUGUGGGCAAGGCGUCCUCUUUCCAGAUGGUAGCCCUGGGUUUGAGAAAGGGAGAAUCUUUGUGACUGAUACGUGGGCUAAUGGUGAAGUUGUGCUAGGCCUGGUUUGAGUUCUGGCUCUGACUCUUACUUGCCGUGUGACCUAAGGCAAGCUCCUUCACCUCUCUGUGCCUCAGUUUUCACUUUUAUAAAAUGGAAAAAGAAUAGAACCUACCUCACAGGGUAGCUAUGUAAUAUACUAACACUAUAAAAUAUACUGUACAUAUAUAAUUUAUAUAAGUUAUAUAGUGGGGACUGGGUGCUUUCUCACACUUUUGCGUCCCUCACACGCUUGGAGACAGGUCGGGGGUGGUGAUACUGGGCUUUGAAUCUAGGAGAUCUGGCUCUCAUUUAGAAAUGCCCCUAAACCUACCCCAACUGAGAAAUGGGCAGGAGGUCCUGCUCCGCAGAGAGCAGCAUCUAUAAUCACUGAACCAAGAGGGGACUCUUGUCUGUGCACGGGCCUGAGAUGGAAGAGGCAGCAGGCACGGUCCUGCUCUGUGCUGGCUGCUUGGGUACAGACCUUAGACUUCCCCUCUCCCAAGCCCUGUUUCCAAGGAAACCAGGUAAAGAUGGCUCCUGGGGCCACAGUGAAGGCAAAGAAAAGGGAGACCCUCAGGUCUCCAGGGAUAUUUAAAACUCACCUUGGACAAUGUCUCUUGGUCUUGCUUUAAACCUUUCCAUAGCUCCCCAGAACAAUGUCCAAACUUUCCCACCCGGCCUUGAGGUCCUCCUGAUCCUGCCCCUUCCUCAUACUGCUCUAAACUCACUUCUGCUUGAACCUUCCUGCACCCCGUCUAACAUGAUUACUCCUCUUGGAAAGUCCUGUGACCCUAUUUGGUUGUCAAACUCCUAUUCUACUUUCAAAACCCAACAUUGGGAAUCCUUCUCUAUUAUCCCUCCUUCCUGGCAGUUAUUUUAUCCCUUACAGGUGUGUAAUGUAGUCGUUUCACAUCAAAUAGUAGGUUUCCUUUGAUCUGGCUUGAAGGCUGGGACUGUGUCUGCUACAUUUUUUCUUGAGUUCCUAGACCAGGCCCUGGGAUAUUAUAAGCAUUUGGUAUGUACAUAAUGAACAGAUCGAGGAGAGACCCCGAAAGACAGACAUUGUGUGUAGCAAGAUAGACGAGGUGCUGUUGCUUGGCAAACAGCAGACUAUAGCUCCAUGAGGGUCUCAUGUCUUCUGACUCUAGUCAUCUGCCCUCUCCUCUGUCCCGGUCAUAGCUGGGGCUUCCUGGGAUUGUGGUUCUGUUCUGCAUCUCCCCGCAUCCAAACACAGAAGAAAUAAUCAUGGUCAUAAGAGGGGCUGCCAUUUAAUGAAUGUCUGUCCUGUGCCGUGCUCUGUUCCACUCUGAAAGCAUUGUCUCCAGUCCCUAUGCUGUAUAUCAACUGGCCUUCAUGUCUCUUUCCAACAGGGGAAACUGAGGUUCAGAGAAAAAACUAUUUUGCUUAAGGUCACGCAGCUCAUAAGUGGUGAAGACAAGACUUGAAUCUGAGUCUGUAAUGCCCAAAUCCUUGACCUUUCCACCACUGGCCCACUGGAGAGGCCUGUUCUGCCGACCCCAGGUGUCCGGAGAAGUAGCUUCCCCUCCAGUCCUUCUAGGAACAUUGCCUGCAAGAAGGGCUUGAGCUUCUGUGGUCCCGGUGAGUUUCCAAGCUCCAAAGGAUACGGGGGUUAGAGGAAGAAGGCUAAGGAUAUUGCUGUAUGUGUGUAUGUGUGUGUGUGUGUUUGUACUAGUUUCUCAUGUUUGUGUGGGUGAGGGAGACACUGAGAAUAAUAUGAAUCAUAAUUUUGAUAAUAUUUGGUAAUAAUCACAGUGGUAAUAAAGGUUGCUAACACUUCUUGGCACUUACCAUGUCCCCUGCACUGUGCUAAGUGUUUUACCUGAACGAUCACAUUCAGGUAGAGCAGGCCGUGGUUAAGAGACAGGCGUCAGCGUCAGGGAGAUUAGAAUCUCAGCUCUGCCAUUGUUUGACUUUGGGAAAGUCCCUUGACUUUCUCGAUCUCCUCAUCUGUAGAAUGGGUUCUGAGUCCCCACUUCAUGGCGUUGCCGUGAGGAUGACCAUGGGUAUAAUGCACAAAGCACCAGCCUGACACGGAAGGAGCCUUCCAUGUCCUGAAGCCAGUGGGCAGACUUGUCCACUAUGGGGAGGGGUGUGUGUGUGUGUGUGUGCAUGCUGACAUCCCCACACUAUGGAGGGGUGUGUGUGUGAGUACAUGGAUGCUGACAUCCACACACUAUGGAGGGGUGUGUGUGUGUGUGCUGACAUAGCCACACGCUAUGGAGGUGUAUAUGUGUGUGUGUGUGUGUGUGCUGACAUAGCCACACACUAUGGAGGUGUAUAUGUGUGUGUGUGCUGACAUAGCCACACACUAUGGAGGUGUGUGUGUGUGUGUGUGUGCUGACAUAGCCACACACUAUGGAGGUGUAUAUGUGUGUGUGUGCUGACAUAGCCACACACUAUGGAGGUGUGUGUGUGCUGACAUCCCCACACUAUGGAGGGGUGUGUGUGUGAGUACAUGGAUGCUGACAUCCACACACUUUGGAGGGGUGUGUGUGUGUGCUGACAUAGCCACACACUAUGGAGGUGUAUAUGUGUGUGUGUGCUGACAUAGCCACACACUAUGGAGGUGUAUAUGUGUGUGUGUGUGUGUGCUGACAUAGCCACACACUAUGGAGGUGUAUAUGUGUGUGUGUGUGCUGACAUAGCCACACGCUAUGGAGGUGUAUAUGUGUGUGUGUGUGUGCUGACAUAGCCACACACUAUGGAGGUGUAUAUGUGUGUGUGUGUGUGUGUGUGUGCUGACAUAGCCACACACUAUGGAGGUGUAUGUGUGUGUGUGUGCUGACAUCCACACAUUAUGGAGGUGUACGUGUGUGUGUGUUGACAGCUACACACUAUGGAGGUGUAUGUGUGAGUGUGUGUAUAAGUACAUGGAUGCUGACAUCCACACACUAUGGAGGGGUGUGUGUGUAUGUGCUAACAUAGCCACACGCUAUGUAGGUGUAUAUGUGUGUGUGUGCUGACAUCCACACACUAUGGAGGGGUGUGUGUGUGUGUGAGUACGUGUAUGCUGAUAUUGCUCUGUGCAUGUGAGUGCAUGUGUUUGCUGACACAGCCACACACUAUGGAGGUAAGUGUGUACAUGUGUCUGUGCUGGUGUUGGGGGCCAACGGGGCAGGCACGAAGGCUGUGUGUCUCCUGGGUGACGGGUAUUGGGUGUGGGUUGCUUUGUGUUUCUAUAGAGUGAGAGUUCACUGGUGGGCUGCAGGCUGAGGCUCCUGGGGUAGCUGAGGUGUGCCAGGCUCUCCAUAUCAGCGGUGAGUGCUCUGGGGGCCAUCCCAGGCAGUUCCCCACUUGUCACCAGCUUAAAACAUCCCUCUCCAGCUCUGGGGCCCCAUCCAGCUGUGUCUCCUCCUUCCCUUGCCCAGAGGGCCUCCUCUGGCCGUUGCCAGCACACUCAGUGCCCCCGGAGGGGGACCUGGGGAGGGAGGAGGAUGGAGAAAGCCCUGGCGGGUGGAGGGCCCUGAGGCUCCUGCUGCUCCCGGCUGUGCGCCUGCGGGGACUUUGAAUUCAUCUGAGCGCUAGGGGGCAAUGUGUCUGUUCCAAAGAAACACUGCGGGACCUUGCGGGCGAAAGCACACACAGGCACACGCAGGGGCGCCCACACUGUGGAGGCGCACACGCCGGCGCAUACACGGGCACAGAUGGGCACAGGCUGUGAGGCACACGCCCUCACACUCGCAGAAAAAACAGACACACUGGAGCAGAGAUACAGGCAUGCAAGGGGUGAGGCAGCUGCACACACACAGGUACAAACGCAGUGGCUCACACACACAGAAAUGCGGGGUUGGGGGACAGACAGAGAACAUGCACCAAGACCCCCAAAGAUCCAUGCACGAACGCCGACGCAGGCAUGGACAGAAACACACGCAGAUGCCCCGCCACCCGCAUACAAGCAAAGGCACAAAAUGCAGACGUGUGCCACACACCCGCACAACAUUUGCAGUGUUAAAGAAAGGUGACCGAGACACACAUCCUGAACAGAAACUCCGCCAGGCCCAAACACUCCCUUCUUUCAGCCACUCACACACCUUGUGGAGCUAACUCUUGGAAACAGCCCCAGAAAAAUACUCCCACACCCCCCCUCCCUGGAGCACACGGAAUUAUUCCACAGGAAACCUGCCCAGGUGUGCUGGAGACCCCCGCCCAGUCCUGUGUGAAGUCAUGCCUCAGCUCUGCAGACGCCCCCAUCCGGGUCUCCCCAGACGACAGGCCUGUGAGCCAUUCUUCCCACCCUCCUGGCCCACCCCCAGGCACCAGACAGGUCCCCACUUUUCCCUAUUUCCUCCAGACACAGAAACACAGGCGGCUCAUAGGUGCCUCAGGAGACACCCAUAGUCGAGAGCAGACUGAGUAUGUGACCCAGUAUCUUGGACUAUGCCCAGGCCUUUGCCCAUGUGGGGGCCUCUUCCUCACAACCAGGUUUUCCUAUUGCCUCCCGCUUUUUGUCCAGGAGGUUCAAGAUCCCCCCUGCUCUGUCUCGGGAGCCCCAGAGCCCCAGAGCCCCAGGGUCCUAGGCCCCGGGGCGGGGGAGGGGGGUGUCACUGGAGGGCCUACCCAAGCCUUUAUUUCUUUGUGCCUAAAUCAGCAAAGCCUCAGUCUUUUCUCUGGCUCUCACUUCCCUGUCACUUUGCUAAGUAAUAAUUUCCAUGUCCAAUUCCAUUUCUUUUCUAGUUCUGAAACCUCUAAGCUAUCAGCAAGAGGAUAGUUCACAUGAAAACUAAUUACACAAAAUCAAUAUUUAAUCACAGACCAACAACCUGAUCCUGCAGAAAAAUCCUUUAAAAACUCCACCGCCCUGUACAAAUACUUCUUCCCUAUGCUUAUUUAUGGACCUCAUUUUUGAUGGGGGUAAUUUUCAUUUUUAAUUUCAAAAAAGAAAAAAUAUAUAUGUCUGUAAACUUCCACAACAGGAAGGCCCCGGGAAAGGUCUUGGAUCUGAGCUUGCUCUGGCUGAGUUUUAAAGUUGUUGGUUUUUCUUGUUUGUUUAUUUUUAAUUAAAAAUUUUUUUGGGCGGGGGGCAAUUUCUUAGGAAUUCUGCCGCUACCCCAAAGUUGAGCCCAUUUCCCCCCACCCCCCGGCAUGUCGGUUCUGGCAUACUUAGCACUGCCUUCCUAGCCGCAACUCCGGGGAGCAAUGAAUCUGCGCGUACGACAUGGUAACUUUUUAACUCCGGCCCGCGAGGGUAGAGUGCUUAAUCUAAGGUUUUUAAAUAAAAAGGGCUCAGGGGUCGGUUUUAUUAUAACGUUUAUUUCAUUUCAGAUUUCAUGCGUAAUUUAGCAAACGCUAGACAGACUCGGGCGAUAAACACUUUCUUUUGUGGGGGGGAAAGGCAUUUUCAUACACCACGCUUAAUUUUAUUUAGAUUUAAUAGCGAUAUCAGGGGCACUUCAAAGAAAGUUCUUUUUUCGCCCUUCUCCUAAGAAUGCGAAUCUGCUAGCAAAAUCGCCUCGUGCUAUUUUAUGGCAAGGAAAAUUAAAGGCCUUCUCCCCCCUCCUUCCCUACACACACUUUAGGGAGGAACACACACACACACACACGCAUGCACACACACACGCACGCACGCAGGCGCGCGCACACGCACACAGGCGCACAGAAUAAACACCCCUAUCCUCCAUCACCUCUAACUUCCAACUUCUAAUUGCAAGAUAGAUUUCAGCCUCUGUGGGGAUCAGGACGAUCUAAACAUUUUAACUAAGAUUAUUGGGAUAAAUAUUUCAUAAAGAGCAGGGCAGAUAUUAAAUUACUCCUAUUGAUUUUAGUAUCACAGCCCAAUUCCAUUCCUCGGCCUCUUCAGUUUAAUUGAUCUCUUAAGGAGGCCAACUUCGCACCCGCAGAGGGCCUGGGUCUUGGACCGGGUGGCCCAGGGCAAGGUGUGCGGCCCGGCGGGUGCGCCCUCUUCGUGCGUGUCUUCUCGGGGUUCCCAGCCGCCUCGCAAGUCGCUCCGGUUACUGGGCUCAACCGAUGUGCUCCCCCAUAAAGUGGCUGAGUGACUGUGACUCCUUGGAGCCCACGCCGGCCGGUGAGAACCGGGAACCCCAGGCAGUGGGGAAGGGGAACAAUUGUGAGCGCCCUAGUGACGGAGGAGUGAGCAAGCUCCCAGUUCUCUCGAGGAGAACCCUAACUUCGAGGUUCCCCGUCUGCUUUACCCUCCAAGAAAAUCCCAGGGCCGGCUAACUUGGGCGCCGCUAGCGGAGAACGGAGUGUUCACCCCGGAGCCGAAGUGCAGUAGACACUUAGCGACUUUCCGUGGCGAGUCCAGGGUCUUUGCCUGGCGACCUCAUUGUCUGAGCGCCCCGUACCGCUCACCGCCCACCUCCCCGCCCCCUGCCCACCCGGUGGGUCUCUCUCCAGUUGGGGGUGGGGAGUUGGGAACAGUGUGAAUGGGAAGGGGGUGAACAAAGCCAAGCUCCCGCCAUUCUCCUCCGCCUGCACCCUCUCCAGCUCGAUGCGCCCGGAGGCCGGGGCGCGCCCCCAGCGCACUGACGCCGGACCCCGAGGAGAGGCGGGCGCAGGGGACCCCAGAGCUGGGGUAGUGCGGGUUCGUGGCGGGGGCUUCGUCAGCUAGGACCCCGGACCACCUUAAGAGCGAGCCCCGCCCCGGGCCCGGAACUUGGGCGGCGCUGAUUGGUGCAAAUGUAAUGGCUGAAAUUGAUUGCUGAAAUGCAAAACUUGUUGCUGCUUCUCCCGGCGCUGGGCGAGAGGCAGACACAGAGAGGGGAGCCGAGACCCUCGGAACGCCCCACGCAGAGCCCCCCCGCUAGUCGGGAGAGGGGUGCGCAGACCCCCCAGAGCUGCCCCCGCGCCCCCCUCCCCCCAUUCCGGGCUCUGAGAGCGCAGCGGGAACGCCUUAGCCUGCUCGCCCGGCGUGGCCCCCCGACCCGCGUACGCCCCCCUCCCUCAGGUCCGAGAGGGACUCGCGAAGCACCUCAGCGCGGAGGCAGGGAACCGGAGCCUUGGAGCGACCCAACCCCUCGUCUCGCUGCCCUCCCGCGCCUGCAACGGUGCGCGGAGACUCCGGCGAACUCAGACACCCAACGGCGGAGAACAGAAGCGGCAGGCGGCGGACGUGGCCGCGAAGCUGCGCGCCGGGCGCAGCGCACCCGCUGCCGAGCAGAGGAGCCGCGCCUUUCCCCGACCCUCGUCUCCAGCCCCCGGCGCCUGCCGCCUCGCAGCCCCUCUGCGUCCUCAGCUCGGGGGCCGGCACCGGCGAUGCCGAGCGGAGCCUCCAGUCCUCCGACCCGCUGAAGAAGCAGCAGCCGCUCGCCCGGAGCCUACGGGGAUUGUGCGAGCGGAUCGUGCUCGGUGGAGGCUCGGGCUGCGGGGCGCGGGGACUCCGGGGGGCGGGGGGAGGGACCGCUCUGUCGGUGCCCGGCGCUAGCCGCGGCUUUGAAGGGUCUCCCUCCCCUGCCCUUAGCAGCUCUGCCACGGACUCCGGGAGGCUGCGGGCGGCGUCCUGGGGGCUCCCCAGCAGACCCAAUCGGACUUGAGAAGGUGAUCGCUCUGCUCUCCCAACCCCCUUCCCUCCCCAUUCCCCCCACUUAACUUUUUGUCUCCGUUCAUCCGCGGCUUCGUCCCCUCCCCGCAGACCCACCCGCGGCUGUGACAACCGCCCGGGGCAUGGGCCCCCCAACACGGCUCCUAGAGGCCCCGCGGCCUCGCAAGAUGUGAGAGGCCCUCCCCGGGCAGAAUCGGAGCUUCGGGAGAGGAGCUGAUACCCCGCCCCCCGUCCCUCACAUCAGGCGGGGUGGAGGUGCGCGCUGAGCCCCCGCGGUGCUGAGCGUCCCGGAGCGCCCAAUCCUGGGCUGGAACGAGUAGCUGGCCGGAGGCGCGCCGCGGAGAGCCGGCUGUCAUGCCCUAUUGAUCCCCCUCUGCCCCCCGCCAAGUAUGUUUGGGCUGGACCAAUUCGAGCCCCAGAUCAACAGCAGGAACGCUGGCCAGGGCGAGAGGAACUUUAACGAGACCGGACUGAGCAUGAACACCCACUUUAAGGCCCCGGCUUUCCACACUGGGGGGCCCCCUGGCCCUGUGGAUCCUGCUAUGAGCGCGCUGGGCGAACCCCCGAUCUUGGGCAUGAACAUGGAGCCCUACGGCUUCCACGCGCGCGGCCACUCGGAGUUGCACGCAGGGGGGCUGCAAGCGCAGCCUGUGCACGGCUUCUUUGGCGGCCAGCAGCCUCACCACGGCCACCCGGGAAGUCAUCAUCCCCACCAGCAUCACCCCCACUUUGGGGGCAACUUCGGUGGCCCAGACCCCGGGGCCUCGUGCCUGCACGGGGGUCGCCUGCUCGGCUACGGCGGCGCAGCCGGAGGCCUGGGCAGCCAGCCGCCCUUCGCCGAGGGCUAUGAGCACAUGGCGGAGAGCCAGGGGCCUGAGAGCUUCGGCCCGCAGCGACCGGGGAACCUCCCGGACUUCCACAGUUCAGGUGCCUCCGGCCACGCCGUGCCGGCCCCAUGCCUGCCGCUGGACCAGAGCCCUAACCGAGCCGCCUCCUUCCACGGCCUGCCGUCCUCCAGCGGCUCCGAUUCCCACAGUCUGGAGCCACGGAGGGUGACGAACCAAGGAGCCGUCGACUCGCUGGAAUACAAUUACCCGGGCGAGGCGCCCUCGGGACAUUUUGACAUGUUUUCGCCCUCUGACUCCGAAGGGCAGCUGCCUCAUUAUGCAGCGGGUCGCCAGGUUCCCGGGGGCGCUUUCCCGGGCGCCUCGGCCAUGCCCAGAGCUGCGGGCAUGGUGGGCUUGUCCAAAAUGCACGCCCAGCCACCGCAGCAGCAGCCCCAGCAGCAGCAGCAGCAGCAGCAGCAGCCCCAGCAGCAGCAGCAGCAGCAUGGUGUGUUCUUUGAGAGGUUCGGUGGGGCCAGAAAGAUGCCUGUGGGUCUGGAGCCCUCAGUGGGCUCCAGGCACCCGUUAAUGCAGCCUCCCCAGCAGGCCCCGCCACCCCCUCAGCAGCAGCCCCCGCAGCAGCCGCCACAGCAGCAGCCGCCGCCGCCACCCGGGCUUCUAGUCCGACAAAAUUCGUGCCCGCCUGCGCUCCCUCGGCCCCAGCAGGGCGAGGCGGGCACGCCCAGCGGCGGCCUGCAGGACGGAGGCCCCAUGCUGCCCAGCCAGCACGCGCAAUUCGAGUAUCCCAUCCACCGGCUGGAGAACCGGAGCAUGCACCCUUAUUCCGAGCCUGUUUUCAGCAUGCAGCAUCCUCCUCCGCAGCAGGCGCCCAACCAGCGGCUGCAGCAUUUCGACGCGCCCCCCUACAUGAACGUGGCCAAGAGGCCGCGCUUCGACUUUCCGGGCAGCGCGGGAGUGGACCGCUGCGCUUCGUGGAACGGCAGCAUGCACAACGGCGCUCUGGAUAAUCACCUCUCCCCUUCCGCCUACCCAGGCCUACCCGGCGAGUUCACACCGCCUGUGCCCGACAGCUUCCCUUCGGGGCCGCCCCUGCAGCAUCCGGCCCCGGACCACCAGUCCCUGCAGCAGCAGCAGCAGCAGCAACAGCAGCAACAGCAGCAGCAGCAACAGCAACAGCAACAGCAACAGCAGCAGCAGCAGCAGCAGCAGCGCCAAAACGCGGCCCUCAUGAUUAAGCAGAUGGCGUCGCGGAAUCAGCAGCAGCGGCUGCGCCAGCCCAACCUGGCUCAGCUAGGCCACCCCGGGGACGUGGGCCAGGGCGGCCUGGUGCAUGGCGGCCCGGUGGGCGGCUUGGCCCAGCCGAACUUUGAGCGCGAAGGCGGCAGCACGGGCGCCGGGCGUCUGGGCACCUUCGAGCAGCAGGCGCCGCACUUGGCGCAAGAGAGCGCGUGGUUCUCAGGUCCGCAUCCGCCGCCCGGAGACCUGCUGCCCCGUAGGAUGGGCGGCUCGGGUCUGCCCGCUGACUGUGGCCCGCACGACCCCAGCCUGGCGCCACCUCCUCCGCCUGGUGGCUCGGGGGUGCUGUUCCGGGGCCCUCUGCAGGAGCCGAUGAGGAUGCCCGGAGAGGGCCACGUGCCCGCGCUGCCUUCACCGGGCCUGCAGUUCGGGGGCAGUCUGGGAGGCCUGGGUCAGCUGCAGUCGCCCGGGGCGGGCGUGGGGCUCCCCAGCGCUGCUUCGGAGCGCCGGCCCCCGCCGCCGGACUUUGCUACGUCUGCGCUCGGGGGCCAGCCGGGCUUUCCGUUUGGUGCAGCCGGCCGGCAGGCCACGCCGCACAGCGGUCCAGGCGUGAACUCUCCCCCCAGCGCGGGAGGAGGCGGUGGCAGCUCUGGUGGCGGCGGUGGCGGGGGUGCCUACCCGCCGCAGCCUGAUUUCCAGCCCAGCCAGCGCACCUCGGCCAGUAAAUUGGGCGCGCUCUCGCUGGGCUCCUUCAACAAGCCCAGCUCCAAGGACAACCUGUUCGGCCAGAGCUGCCUGGCUGCGCUCUCCACCGCUUGCCAGAACAUGAUCGCCAGCCUCGGGGCCCCCAACCUCAACGUGACCUUCAACAAGAAGAACCCGCCAGAGGGCAAGAGGAAACUGAGCCAGAACGAGACCGACGGCGCGGCAGUGGCCGGCAACCCGGGCUCGGAUUACUUCCCAGGAGGGACUGCUCCUGGGGCCCCAGGACCCGGAGGCCCGUCCGGGACCAGUAGCAGCGGCUCCAAAGCCUCGGGGCCGCCCAACCCGUCAGCCCAGGGGGACGGCACCAGCCUCUCCCCCAACUACACCCUGGAAUCCACGUCGGGGAAUGAUGGCAAGCCGGUCCCCGGGGGCGGCGGCCGGGGACGGGGUCGCAGAAAAAGGGACAGUGGUCACGUGAGCCCUGGCACCUUCUUUGACAAGUACUCGGCGGCUCCGGACAGCGGGGGCGCACCUGGGGUGAGCCCAGGGCAGCAGCAAGCGUCAGGCGCAGCCGUCGGGGGAAGCUCCGCAGGCGAGACGCGCGGGGCACCGACGCCCCACGAAAAGGCGCUCACGUCGCCAUCCUGGGGGAAGGGGGCUGAGUUGCUCCUGGGGGAACAGCCGGACCUCAUUGGGUCCCUGGACGGCGGGGCCAAGUCGGACAGUAGUUCGCCAAACGUGGGUGAGUUCGCCUCGGACGAGGUGAGCACGAGCUACGCCAAUGAGGACGAGGUGUCGUCCAGCUCUGACAACCCCCAGGCACUAGUUAAAGCGAGCAGGAGUCCCCUGGUGACCGGCUCGCCCAAACUCCCUCCCCGUGGGGUAGGCGCCGGGGAACACGGACCGAAGGCGCCCCCGCCCGCCCUCGGCCUGGGUAUCAUGUCUAACUCUACCUCGACCCCUGACAGCUACGGCGGCGGUGGGGGCCCGGGCCAUCCGGGCACUCCGGGCCUGGAGCAGGUCCGCACCCCGACGAGCAGCAGCGGCGCCCCGCCACCCGACGAGAUCCACCCCCUGGAGAUCCUUCAGGCGCAGAUCCAGCUACAGAGGCAGCAGUUCAGCAUCUCCGAGGACCAGCCUCUGGGGCUGAAGGGUGGCAAGAAGGGUGAGUGCGCCGUCGGGGCCUCAGGGGCGCAGAAUGGCGACAGCGAGCUGGGCAGCUGCUGCUCCGAGGCGGUCAAGAGCGCCAUGAGCACCAUUGACCUGGACUCGCUGAUGGCAGAGCACAGCGCUGCCUGGUACAUGCCCGCUGACAAGGCCCUGGUGGACAGCGCGGACGACGACAAGACGUUGGCGCCCUGGGAGAAGGCCAAACCCCAGAACCCCAACAGCAAAGAAGCCCACGACCUCCCUGCAAACAAGGCCUCAGCAACCCAGCCUGGCAGCCACUUGCAGUGCCUGUCUGUCCACUGCACAGACGACGUGGGUGACGCCAAGGCUCGAGCCUCCGUGCCCACCUGGCGGUCCCUGCAUUCUGACAUCUCCAACAGAUUUGGGACAUUCGUGGCUGCCCUAACUUGAAUGACAAGAAAGACCCCCUCCUCUACCAGGCCCUAUCCUCUCCCCCUGUCUGUUUCCUUCCCCCUCAACCUGACCCCACCCCUCUGUUAAUUUGAAAGGGCCACUAUUGCUGAGUGGAUGAGUUUUUUUUUUCUCUCUAGGUUGGUACCUGCUUAGUGGCAUAUGGACCGGAAAGGGUUAAUUUAAAGGGGGGGAACCUCAAAAGUUUUUUUUAAAAAGAAACUUGUCUGCCACAGUAUGUUGCCAGUGUUAACCCUUCUGCAGUUAGCAAACUUUUGCUUAAGCCUUUUUCCUCUAGAUACUCCCCAUGUUUCGGUAAUCUUGGCAUACAUUUUUUAGAUGACCUCUUUCCUUGUUUUAUUUUCAUGCUGCUGUAUGUCCAAGUAUUGUUAUUUCAUAAUAAGACAAGAGUUGCUUUCUUUUUUAUUCUUUUUCCUUUUCUCACCCCCUCCCCUUUUAUUUUCUUUUUGCUUUGUUCACUGCUUAUUAAAAUGGAAAUCCUGGAGAAUAGUAGUUCUGGAGUAUUGCCGGGUGAAAGUCCAAUUGUCAUCACAAUGUUAUAUAUGGACACCCCAGUGUCAUCAGUCUGGCAGGAGCCAAACAAUGAAUGCCCCCCUUAGGUAUUCCGCCUGGGAUUUUGUUUUGUCUGUUCCCUAAGAAAAUAUAUUUUCAUUCCUGCAAACACAGUGCUCAGCCUUCAGUUCCCUUCCACUUGAGUUCUCUCUUCUCCUGCUGGAAGCCACCCCUCUCUGCGAUGGACGUGAGGACGUGUCCAGCUCUGCUCUGUGGGAAGGAGUUGGAAUGUUCGACAGUAGUGUUUUCUCUCCUUUUCUGGGCCUCCUCGCAAAUGCCCAGGCCCUGCAUUUUCACGCUGUGCUAAGCAGCCUUUGGUCUGCAUGGGGGAGGGUGUGCUCCCAGCCUGCAGUCUUUGGAGCAAGGCUGCUGCCCUUGCUGCAGCCAGGCUGGCUGUGCCUCGGGCGCUGGAGUUGAAGGAGGCUGUUCUCAGCCCUUUCCCUUUUCUGAAAGCUGUUCCUGGCCUGGCAUCCCAGGGAAGAAGGAGGGGACUGCGUGUAUCUCCUCCACCUCUCCCAUUCCAUCCCCAGUCCAACCUGGGCAACCCCACCCCUGGGAGGGAUGAGGCACCCUCUUGCUCAGCCUGCUCAGCCUUCUCUGAGCCUUUGCAGGGAUCUGCAGACUCCUGAGGGCUAGAGGACAGAGAAAGAGAAUAGAAUGAAAUGACUUUGUUUCCUGCGCCUUUUAGUUUUGAACUCUGGAAUUCCUCUGCCCCCUCCCCAACAUUUUUUUGGAAUCUCACCCUGUUGCAAAACUAGAGCCAUGUCCCAAGCAUCUCACAAAGGAAUAACUGCUCUGAGCAGAGAUGAGUGGUGGUUGGCAGGGACAGGCAACUUUGGGUGCUGCUGAUGCCUGCAAAAGCCAUUUAUGGCUUUUGGUGGGGGGCAUAUAGAUUCCCGGGUGGGUUAGACAGGAAGUAACUGAUAUCACUUCACCCAAAUCCGUGAUGGUUAUAUAUUUAAUUUCAGUUUUUGUUAACGAUCGUGUCUUACUAAAACGCUCCACUUUGAGCUCCCCCACCCCCUCCAGGUCCUCAGAGUUUGCAGAUCUGGGCUUUUUUUAGCAAGUGACCUGAAGGCUCUGGGCUCACCGUACAACACCCACAUUGUUUAUUUCAAAGAACUUUUCAGCGAAGGGAGAGGAGCUUUCAGAAAAACCUCACUCUUUCCCCUCCCUUCUUCCCUCUUUCCUUCUGCCGGUCCUUUUGGCUGGGGUCUGAGUCUGCGGUUCUCGCCUGGGCAGUCUUGACGAGGAGCAAACCCCGCCUUCAGAGGGCAGACAAAGCAGGUGGCAUGAAUUGAUCAGCGAGAAAGGUGUGAGCCGAGGCAGUUCCUGCGUUCUGCUACAAAAGGAAUGGAAAGGGAAGGGAAUCUCCCCCCACCAUGGGCUGUGGGAGAGUUGACCGUAUUCUGGGCAAGACUCCAUGACCCCUCUGAUUCUGCAGUGUACAGCUGUUUGAGAGCCUCAUCAUUUUACUUUUGAAACAGGAAUGAUUUCUCCUUAAUUGCUUAAGGCCGGGGAGCAAAGUGUCUUAACUUCUGUCUUUGACUUUCCCAGCGUUGAGUCAUCAACACUUUGCCAAUUAGCUCACGGUCCUGGCAACCUCAGAAACCCCUGAAGUUUUAAAAACUUUCUCGCUCCCCACGACCCCAGAAUGAAACAGCUUUAAAAAUAGCCUUAAGCAAAAGGAUGUUAUUUCAUUAAAUUUGGUUUAAUGGAAAGAAUAAAAGUAAAUGAAAAACACACCCUACACACUAGACUCCGAACACUGGUAAUCAGUACUGCAUAGCAAACUCUUUGGGAAAGAAAACGAAAAUGUUAUUGCACAUGUAAAAUAUGAAAACUUAACUCUGCUGUGUGUUAGGCAAUCCUGUAAUCUUUUUUGACUCUUAAAAGAAAUUCAUUUCUGAAAUGCUUGGUUGGAAGACUGUGACAAUAGCUCAUGAAAUUGAGUGUUAUUUUUUUCUUUCUUUUUUAAAAAAAUAUGUAAAGUGCAGUCUUCUGUAUUCCUGCAUAUUGUAUAUACCUGUAUAUGUUUUCCUGAGCAGUUAAAUAACAAUAAAUAUGACGUUAAUGGUGA